AUGUGGAUUGCAAGUUCAUUUGUGGAUGCGAAGUCAUCGUCGUUGGAAUGGGCAACCAGCAUGGCAUGUCCCAAGCAAGAGGUGAAAGCAACACUAUCAGAAGUUAAAUGGGUAUUUGGUAUGACCUGCCACUGUGACAUCGUGAAAGGCAGGAACCUCGACGAUAGAAUCAGUGAAAUGCAGUGUAAAGCGCGGGUAGGAGGCAAAGUGCGGGCACAGUUUGAUGCAUCCUGUGAUUUUGUUUUACAAACCCACCUCAAACUGGUUGAAAUCUGA